CUUUUCUUUUCUUUCUUUCUUUGUUUUUUCUAUAAAAUGUUAAAGAUGGGUCAUGGUUUAAGCGAUGUAGAGCAGUUAUUCAUACGUGUAUCAUGCACAAGAUUUAGUUCAAGUACAGAAGGCAUUGAAGUCUGUCGACAAGUGUACGGAGAACAAGGAUUCAAGACACAGCAUGUAAAAGUAGCUGAUAAUAAUAUUCAUAUUUAUUGUUCUCGAGAAUCAGGAAACCUUCACAACUCUAAAAAGAGGCCAUUCAAGGAAGAGCUCAAAUUACUGCUCUACAAGAGUAACCAUCAUGAUAUCUACUGGCGCAUUCAGAUGAUAUGUCCCAAUACAAAUUGGCCACAGAUGAUCAAGGAAAGAAUCAAUCGAUUGGUACAGCAAAAAAUGCAAGCAAAUGAAAUCCGGGAAACAAUAAAAUCAAAAGAAUUUCCAGGUAUCUUUUGGGACGAUCGCUCACUUGAGGGAUACAUCUUGAAACGUACAAGACAAAAUCAAGUGACAGAAAGAGUACAAAAGUUGAUCAUGGCAUCCAGUCGAUUAUGUUCAGUAGCAGCAACAAGUGAAGAGUGGACAAGUAACGUAGAGCGCGAUUUGUACAAGCUCAUUUCACACUUUACAAAGAUAUUGGGAAUACCUGUCGAGCUGUUGGAGUCGAUGAUAGAUAUUUCAGUAGAUGACAUACACUCUGAUAUUGAAAAGACACCCAAUCGUGGCAACAAGAGACAAGACACAAUGGAAGUAAAGAUGCAUCAGUCUAGAGAAGAACAUCCUAAUAUACAGACCGUGUCUAUACCAAAGCAUACAUUGUUUGUCAAGGAUCAGUCAAGUAGAUCCAGCAUGAUGAUAUCACAUUCACAACAUCAUGAAAAGAUUGAAUCAAACGCAUAUUCGGAUCAUGGCAUGUUUGAUCUAGCAACAACAACAACAACAACAACAACACCUACCGUAGCUGCAGUAUCUACUUCAUCGUCAUCGUCAUCAUCAGUCCCUGUUACUACAGUUCCAUCAGUAAGAGGAUAUAAUCAACCCUUUAGCAGUAUGUAUGACUAUUCAUUUGCUUCGUCCAUGAUGAUGCGACCUCAUAUAAAUUUGAUGUCCCAGAUGCCUAAAAGAAUGCCACAUAGCCAUAGUAGCAAUGGUAGCGAUAGUAAAUAAUGCCUCUCCUUAAUUUCACUUUAGACGCAAUACGACACAGAUAUUGAAGUUGCUAUAGUAAUAAUAGUAUCCAUUUGUUAUAUUUAUACAUAUAUUUUUAUUUAAUAAAUAUCGAAAUUAUUCAAAAGAGAAAACAAUGAAAUAGUUAUUAUGAACAAAGAG